AGCUUGGCCUGGAGUAGCUCUUGGCGCUGGGACCAGCUGACACACACCACUUACGUUUCCAAGGAGCCAAGCUGUCCCCACUCACGCAGGGCUGAUGCACUUGUGGCUAAAUGCGGUGUAGCCAGGGCCCCGGGCCAGAUUUGGGGCAGGAAAUAGAAUGCCACCUCCAUCACCAGGGAGACAAUGGUCUGCGUGCGUGAUUUAAACGGGGGCCAACAAGAAAGCUCAAAGGGACGGUCAGCAGAGAAAGGUAGGAAGAGAGAGCAGAGGGCGGCUUGCAUGGAUUUUGUCUUGGGUUAUAACUGUUGACCAGUUGACCAGCCACUGAACUACUUCUAUGUUUAAGUUUAUCGGUAUAAGAUGGCAGUAACGAUAUUUACAUGUCUCACUCGGGAUUUAUGAAAACAGCGUUUCUGAUGGACCACUUGGGAUCCAUGGAAGGAAGGUGGUAUCCCGCCCUCAUCACACCUGCGCCGGGAUGUCGGGAGCCUCCAAGGAGAGUGGGGGCGCCCGGGGGCUGCCAGUGUCAUUAUCGGGCAAGGCCUGUUUGACCACCAUGGACAAGAAGCUUAAUGUGCUGACCGAGAAGGUUGACAAACUCUUGCAUUUCCAAGAAGAUGUCACGGAGAGACUGCAGGGUGUGUGCCGAGGCCUGGGUCACCUGGAACAGGACCUGCACCGCCUCGAGGCCUCGCGAGCCCUGGGCCCGGCUGCGGUCGACCCCGCGCCCCCAGGUGGCACGCAGGCCGGGUGGCCGGAGGUCCUGGAGCUGGUGAGGGCUGUGCGGCAGGAUGCUGCCCAGCACGGCGCCAGACUCGAAGCCCUCUUCAGGAUGGUGGUGGCCGUGGACAAGGCCAUAGCUUUGGUGGGGGCCGUGUUCCAGCACUCGAAGGUGGUGGAUUUCAUCAUGCAAGGGACUGUCCCCUGGAGGAAAGGAAGCCUGGCCGACGCCGAGGGCCCCGCGGAGAACAAAGAGAGUGUGGAAGAGAAAGGAGUGAGACCAAAGCGUGCGCUGAGCAGCAGAGCUGUGCAAGCCGAGAUCGGGGGCCCUUGGGGAGAGAGCCCAAAGGCUGACCUGCCCGAGGGGACAGUGGAGAGGCCGCCCCCCAUCAGCGCUUCAGGAGUGGGAGCUGAUGUCCUCACCCAGUCAGAGGCCUUACCAGGGCAGGGAAACGGAGUUCCUGGCUCGGACCAGGUGCCCCCUGGCCACCUGCUGCCGCCCGCAGACGCAGAAGCCGAAGCUCCUGGGGCAUCCGGCGAGAAUCCCAGGCCUGGCCUGGAAUUACCUGCAGCGCCCACCAGGGUCAGUGAGGCCCCCAUCGGCCAGGAGGCUGCAUCAGGUGAAGGGACACUGUCUGGGGGGCCUGACCCUUGGCCCUUAGAGGAGGGCGUGAAGCCGACUGCAGGGCCGCCAGCCCAGGCCACGGCAGCUCCCAGUGCUGGAGAAAUGCAUCCCAGGAUCUCCAUCCAUGUGCAGGAGACGGAUACCCCUGGGGAGCUGCUCGUGACACGAGGGGGCAGCCUCAGACACACCCCCCCUGUGGAGGCUCCCGCAGCUGCCGAGGCAGACGAGCAGGACCCACCUGGGCCCACGUGCUGCUCCCAGGCCCUGGAAACUGAGUUGGGAAAACAGAUCCCAAAAGAAGCCAGUGAGAUUUCGCCACUGCGUGAGCUGAGCAGCGGUGGAGAAGCAAAGGCUGAGGAGAAGCAGCAGCCUGCGGCCGAAGCCGCCCUGGGACCAAGUGGGGCCAGGAGGGACGUGGGAGAUGAGGGUCCAGAAACAGGAAACCCUAAGUCUGGGAAGGACUGCAGCACCGGGGACCCGGACAGAGCUGAGGCCGGAAGGAGGACGCCCCUGGGAGCCGAGGCUGGCAGCGUGGUUCUGGACGACAGUCCGGCGCCGCCAGCCCCUUUUGAGCACCGGGUGGUGAGUGUCAAGGAGACGUCGAGCUCAGCGGGUUACACAGUGUGCCAGCAUGAAGUCUUGGGCGGGGGCCGCUUUGGUGAGGUCCACAGGUGCACGGAGAAGUCCACAGGCCUCUCGCUGGCUGCCAAGAUCAUCAAAGUGAAGAGCGCCAAGGAUCGGGAGGAUGUGAAGAACGAGAUCAACAUCAUGAACCAGCUGAGCCACGUGAACCUGAUCCAGCUCUACGACGCCUUCGAGAGCAAGAACAGCUUCACACUGGUCAUGGAGUAUGUGGAUGGGGGUGAACUCUUUGACCGGAUCACAGAUGAGAAGUACCACCUGACUGAACUGGACGUGGUCCUGUUCACCAAGCAGAUCUGCGAGGGUGUGCAUUACCUCCAUCAGCACUACAUCCUGCACCUGGACCUCAAGCCAGAGAACAUACUGUGUGUCAAUCAGACAGGACACCAAAUAAAGAUCAUUGACUUUGGGCUGGCCAGAAGGUACAAGCCGCGGGAGAAGCUGAAGGUAAACUUUGGGACUCCUGAGUUCCUGGCCCCGGAAGUCGUCAACUACGAGUUUGUCUCGUUCCCCACGGACAUGUGGAGUGUGGGAGUGAUCACCUACAUGCUACUCAGUGGCUUGUCCCCAUUUCUGGGGGAGACAGAUGCUGAGACCAUGAAUCUCAUUGUCAACUGUAGCUGGGAUUUCGAUGCCGACACCUUUGAAGGGCUGUCGGAAGAGGCCAAAGACUUCGUUUCCCGGUUGCUGGUCAAAGAGAAAAGCUGCAGGAUGAGUGCCACACAGUGUCUGAAACACGAGUGGCUAAAUAAUUUGCCUGCCAAAGCUUCAAAAUCCAAAGUUCGUCUCAAAUCCCAGCUAUUGCUGCAGAAAUACAUGGCUCAGAGGACAUGGAAGAAACAUUUCUAUGUGGUGACUGCUGCCAACAGGUUAAGGAAAUUUCCAGCUGGUCCCUAAUCCUUGCUCUGCUGCUCCCACAGGCCGAGAAAUGAUUGAAGCCAGUGGUGAAGUGAUGACUCAAGAUUUUAAGUAAUCUGUCCUUUUAGUAAUAUUGAUUCCAGUGAUUUUGUAAAAAAAAGGGUUAUGGGUGUUACCUUCCUUGUGGGUGAAAAGUGGCUGUAAGGAAAGUGACUUAAGAACGUUUUUCUGCCUUGUAAGGUCACUUAGUUUGAAAUGCUGUGUUUACUUUCCAAAUAUCCCUACUUUGGGUGAUAAGUGUAGGUGUGCUGUGGGGAGGUAGGGAAGCUUCUGUUUGGCAUAUGUCACAUUGAAAUUCUAAACAUUAAAGAACCCAAGAGAUUGUUACAUGGGGCGUGUUAUUCAGUUACGUCCUUCAGUACACAGAACGCCUAGGAUCUGGAUUUGCUCAAGUGUGACUCGCGUUUCAUUGCACUGCCUGCUGUGGUAUAGAGGUAUGUGGGCUUAGGGCAGUGGGCCUCAAACCUUUCCUCACUUGUGCUCCCUUUUGAGAAUCAAAAAAUGUGCAUCCUUUAACAGUCUUUGUAAUUUCAAAAGAUACCAGCUGUCAUGGCUCCAUCAGAACAAUGAUCAUUUUGAGUGUACUUUUAAAAUCUGUACCCACCUCGGCCCUCUCCUCAUUCUGCCAUCCUCGUCCGCCUCCCUCAGGUAUGAAUCUGUGACCUAGUAAGUCUGGCACCUGAUAUGCAGUAUGGGAAAGAGGCAAGAAUGCAGUGACGUCCAGCUUUCUGAGGAAAACAGAACCAUACAUCAGGAGAGGACAGGGGCACUGCUCUCCUAGCGACUUUCAGUGUUGUCACUUAGCUGACUUAUAAAGUGAUUAACGAGGAGUACUCUAUGAUUCACAAGUACACGUCCUUUUAAUUGCCUGACGUUUGUGCUGUUCCCCUGACCUCUCAGGUCAGCAGUUUUAGGGGGAGUUGUUAAGUAGCCGUGCAACAGUCGCAUAGCCUUUCAGGAUUUUUGUCCAAAUAAAGACUUUGUUUGGCAGAGGACACGGACGUGGGGAGGGAGGCAGAAGGUGGAGAGGUUAAUGCCACAGCUACAGGUCUCAAGCUGACUGCCCUCUGGACCGCUUACCCUCGUGGGGGACUGAGAUUCCAGUGCAGCAUGUCAGGCCUGCUCCAAGCCGCCCGCUAACUGGUGAACACCGGAGCUGGCCGCGGGAAGCCUCCCUUUCCCGAGAGAGGAACAGUAACCAGUCAGAGGCUUGGUUUGGAAGCGUCAGUUACCUCUCUGAAAAAGGCUUUUGAGGGCAGCCUGCAGAAGGCGCUAGAGACGAUGGAUGGCGUCUAGUUCUGUCUAGUUCGGUUCUCUGGGAAUGGUCUGCAUCUUCCCCAGAAAACUGUACUUAGGUGCCAUGAUUUAGAAAACCACUGUCUGACAGAAAUAAAACACGAGCCAUAUACGUAAUUUGAAAAUUUCGAAUAGCUCCUUCAAAAACAAAAAACCUGGUGAAAUUAAUUUUAAUAAUUUAUUUAACACAAGAAUUCAAAAACAUUAUUUCAAUAUGUAAUCAACAUAAAAAUUAUAAUGAGAUACUUUAUAUUCUUUUUUUCAUAUUAAGUCUCCAAAAUUGGGUGUUUCAAUUAAAGUGCUAGGUUUUCAUCAGAUAUACUUAAUUUAUAUUUAGAGUUCAUGAAAUUUACUGUGGAAAAUAUACUCACAUACUCAAGUUGUUCAAAACAUCUGAAACAUUUUCUAAUAGUUGAAUUAAACUUCCAUUUUUACAUUUAAUUAAAAUGAAAUAAAAUUAGAAAUUCAGUUCUGUAGUUGUUAUUAGUGACAUUUUAAGUGCUGAAUAGACACAUGUGUUUAGUGGCUUCUGUACUCGACGGGGCAGAUAUAGAAAGAAUCCUUUAUCAAAUCCUACUUUAUGUUUUCUUCCAUAUGCUGUUCUUUACCUAGGGAAAGAAAUUCUCUCCAAAACCCCCUUGAGGAGUUUAUUUAGGUCAGGCUCAAACAACUGAGAGGUAAUGUGGAUUUUAGCCUCCCUUAUCUGAAAUUCGAGUGGCUUUUAUGAAGCUUUAAUUUUCUGGAUAUUUUUAAUUCAGUACUUUACUGGUGUGUACUUAGCUCAAAAAGGUUUUAGACUAUAGCUGGGCCAGUAUCAACUAUUUCUAAUGGGAGUUUUCCGUUUAAAUAAGCAGUCACUGGACACUGCUGGGCAGAGAAACUGGAAAAGGUAGUUAGGACCCACUUUCUUCACCUAUCAGAUUGGUGACAGUAUGGGGAAAUGGAAAUUUUCCACUCUUGAUGGAUAUGUAUCAAAAUAAAAGCCAUGCCCACACUUUCACCCAACAAUUCCAUUUCUAAAAUUUAUCCCUCAGCAAUACUUGGACUAGUGGACAGAGAUUUAUGCAAAAUGAUACUUAUUCCAACAGUGUUGCAAACAACCCAAUGGAAACAGCCAGCAGGUUUAGUUCACUAAGUUUUGCCACAUGCAUAUAGGGGAAUACCUUGCAGCUGUUAAAAGACACAGCUAGAUGCACAGACAGCAGCUUUUCUUUUUUCUUUCUUUUGUUUUUUGGUUUCAAACAGAGCUAGGAUAUUUGGGGAGAGCUUGUUUGAAGGCAGUGAUUUGAAAUUUAAGCUAUUUCAUAAUUUUGCUCCUCAGAGUUACAGAGAAGCUAAUUAGGUUGAAGCUUCAGAGACCCUCUGAGGCCGGGGGAGGCCACCUUGCCAUGUGUUCACACAGUCGUAUGUUACACAAAUUCUUAAAAAGUAAGGUAUUUAAAAAUUCGUUUCCUUAAAGAGGGUCCCCAUGUUAUAUAAGCUUCUAGCCCCACAAAACCUCCUAUCAAAUCCAAGCUGUUUAAGUAAUCAGUGAUCCAUGGUUUAGCUCACUUAAAAAUCCUGUGUUGAUGUAAGGAACAUCUAAACCUAUGUGGAAUUUUUAUGAGUUUAUUUUAGCCAAACUGAUGACGGGGAACAAGAUCUGCAAUGCUCCUAACAAACAUCUUUUCAUUACAAAAAAACUAUAGGACAUAUAUACGGCAUCAUCCUAAUUGUGGAGAGACAUAUGCUUAUACGUGCAUUAACAUUUUCUAGGAUAUGCAAGAAACUUCCCUGUGAGGUAUGGAAAGUGGGUGAUAGGGCAAAGAGAAUUCCACUUUUUGCUUUAUAACUUUCUGAAUCAUUUGAAUGUUUUUCUUUUUUAUAAUGAGCGUGUGUCGCUUUUAUAAUUAAAAAUUAGCAACCCAGUUGUCAUGUGUGGACCUUGUUUUACUGUGAUUUGAGCAAACAAACAAUAAAAAGAUAUUUUAGAGA